GGGGUACAAUACUGUAUUCUCCUCUUACCAGAUGAUAUCCAUUGCAUUCGCAUAAUAUAGUCCAUGAGAAGAAUCCAAGGCUCUCCUCCAAAUCUCGCGACCAACUUGACUUGCCUCGAGUGGUUGAAGUUCUCUCGUUCUUCCCCUCUAUUUUCUUCCUCUUUCUCUCCUUUUAUCUGAAAAAUCUCAAACCCCAGCUGGGUUUCGGAUUCAACACUUUUCUAACUGAACAUUUCAUUUUUCUAAUACUUUUUCGCCUGAGGAUGAGCCGAAAGCUCGCCCCCGAAGCCAAUCGGAUUCUCUUUGUCAAGAACCUCAACUACAACGUGACUGCUGAACAACUCUUCGAUCUUUUCGGAAAGUUCGGGCCUAUCCGACAAAUACGACAAGGGAUCGCGAACAACUCGAAAGGCACUGCAUUCGUGGUCUAUGAAGACGUUCACGACGCCAAACAGGCAUGCGAUAAGCUCAAUGGAUUCAACUUUCAGAACAGAUAUCUUGUCGUCCUAUAUCACCAGCCGGAGAAAAUGGCCAAGUCGAAGGAGGAUCUGGCGGAAAGGCAAGAGAAUUUGGAACGUCUCAAACAACAGCAUGGUAUAGAAUGACGUGACGAUUUUCUUUUCAUCGCUUAUUUUACGUGUCCGCUGCGCUCUCUGCAUGGCACGGGGAUGUGCACACUGUCUUUGGUCGGCUGCGGGGUUUACGGCGUUCAAUUUUUGCUUCUCACUCAUAUGGGUUUCCCGGCUCUCGUUCCUGGGUUUUGAGGGCUGGUGGGUAGAAUGACACGCUUCUCUGGCUUUUGCUCCAGGAGAAGGAUGGGGUAUUUUUUCACAGGCUGGAUUGGAAUUAUUAUACCGCCCAGUUACUGCUAUCAAUACAUCACAUCAACUGCCGGCCGUUCUAUGGCUCGGCAAACC